GGUGUCUCCAAAGAGACGCAGCGUUGAGCGUUUGAGUAGCUAGGCGGCCAGUGCGCAUCCCAGGACGCAACAUCAGCGUAACUGUGGCUCAACUUUCAGCUGAUCGUCAAACUUCAGACGCUUUGGGAACCUUACAAAAAUGGGUUGCUUUGAGUGCUGCAUUAAAUGUUUAGGUGGGGUGCCGUAUGCAUCGCUAGUGGCUACAAUCCUCUGCUUCUCCGGCGUUGCCCUGUUCUGUGGAUGUGGCCACGUGGCGCUCACCGACACUGUGACCAUCCUGGAAACCCACUUCUCCAAGGUCCCCAGUGAUCACGCCAUGCUGACUGAUGUAAUACAGCUGAUGCAGUACAUCAUCUAUGGCAUUGCUUCAUUUUUCUUCCUGUAUGGAAUCAUUCUGCUGGCUGAGGGCUUCUACACAACCAGUGCAGUCAAGGAACUGCACAGCGAGUUCAAGACCACCAUCUGUGGACGCUGCAUCAGUGGAAUGUUUGUGUUCCUCACAUACGUUCUGGGUGUGGCCUGGCUCGGUGUAUUUGGCUUCUCUGCUGUGCCAGUCUUCCUCUUCUACAAUAUGUGGUCUACCUGUGCCACCAUGAGGUCUCCCAUAGCCAACCUCACCAACAUUGACUCCAUCUGCGUGGAUAUUCGUCAGUAUGGAGUUAUCCCAUGGACUGCCACACCAGGAAAGGCCUGUGGAUCAACGCUAGGUGACAUUUGCAACACCAGUGAGUUCUACCUGUCUUAUCACCUGUACAUCGUAGCAUGUGCUGGGGCAGGAGCCACAGUGAUUGCUCUGAUCCACUUCCUCAUGAUUCUCUCAGCAAACUGGGCCUACCUUAAGGAUGCCAGUCAAAUGCAUGCCUACCAAGACAUCAAAAUGAAGGAAGAGCAGGAGCUGCAGGACAUCACCUCACGUUCGAAGGAAUGCCUCAAUUCCUACACAUAAGGAUAUUAUCCCUCGCACUUAAGUUCACACAAACACACGCUGGCACAUGUACAAAAACACAGACACUGUGGCCCCCUUUGGACCAAGAAAACUCCGCUAAAAUAACCAGCCAACUGACACUCUGCAUCGCUAACCAGGCUCCUAACCAACUAAUGCAUCAGUGUUGCUUUCUGCACUAACUCACCAAGUGUUUUGAAACUGCUACGCAAAGUUUUGUUCACGCAGAUUUUCAUUUUCUGUUUUUCUGGAGGCAAAAACUGUUUUGAAUUCUCUAGUAUUUCAUCUUCUCUGGCCCUUUUUACAGCCAGUUAUGCUGGCAAAGCUUGGGAUGCACUGUUCUUAACACAUAACAAAACCUUUUGAUUUGCUGUAUCUUUCUUUUGAGUGGGUUUUCAACAAGACAAUGUAUACUUUUUUUAAAAAAAAACUUUUCUUUUGAAUUUACAAUACAGACAAAUUAUACACAACACAAGACCUUACAGUUAGUGUCACACUGUACUGACCCAGCCAAUAAUGGUCGACUUGACAGUAAGGAAAUGGCUCAAAUACAAUAUGCACCACAUUGUGACAGAAGAGUUGGCUGCAUGUGCCCUCUAAAGUUAGAAUCAUUAAGUAUUUCACUGCAUUACUAGCUCGAGUGAUAAUUUGAGUGUCUAUUUGGUUCUAGAUUCUAAUUUUAAUCGUACAACUACUUAAGUCACACAGAACUUCAAUGGCCUACGUUAACACUACCUCAGGUGUGCAUUAGAGCCCGUGGAACGAACAACGCUUCUCCCUUGUAACACUAUGGCUUGAAAAUCCCAUUUUAAUUGUAAACAUUCCUCAAACACACAGAAUAUGUAUUGGUUUAGGCAACUUCCCAGGGAGGGAAGCACUGAACAGUUUCUAGCUCAUAGUUUAAUGUAAAUUCUGCACAGUGUAUUAAAAGAUUGAAGCCUGA